CCGUUUGUGCUUUCGAGCACGCUUAGCCAUUCAACACGUGGGCCCUCAACUUAAUCAAUAGCGUGUCAAGCUCCAGCGCGUCUUGGACCUUGCUGCAGCAGCAGCAGCGGCAUCAUCCGCUGGCCGCAGCGGAGAUACGAUUUCCAUCGCCAAAGGAGUGCAGCAGCCACCGACGAUGCGCUUCCCCUUUGCAUCUGCUGAAGGUCUUCAAUAGGCACCCCAACUAGCUAGGGAGGGGAUAAUGGGGGUGCGAGGGUCGGUAAGCAGUAAGUCGUUAGCGUGCGAUGGUGCGGGUACGAUCGAUCCGGUGCAGAUGAUGAAUCUGGUUGUGCAAAGUGGGUUGCUAGUGCUUACUGUGGCCUUGUGUGGUGCCUUAGGUGAUCGGCAGGACCCGUUUGAGAGCUAUGCCAAGCUGCCGCGAAUAUACGAGUACGAUGAUUUCCACACGUGUCGCCAAAGACAUACCGAUUUCGUGUUCUGUGUCAGCGUCAGCACGCUGCAGGCAGAUCCGUCGAACGUGCUGUGGCAAAACAUAUCUCGGUUACGAUCCAAUCGUAGAAAUUUUCCACACGAUCAGCUUGAACGAGGAUUGUGCUUGAAUGAUCUCUACGCCGGUGUUACCACACACGACCACCGCACGGCAAAGCUGAUUGAUGCGUAUCUCCAUCAUCGCAUCUACGAUCAGUACGGGCUCAACAGCCACACAACUACGGAGUCAUGUUGGACGAGAACGGAUUUCGAACCGAGAACAACAUUUGGCGAAUACAUGUUCGGUUGCCUCACGAUCAUCCUACUGCUCGCCACACUUGGCGCUACCUGGAUCGAUUUCAACGCGCGUCCGAAUGAUUUAUUCGUGGACGCGUUUUCCAUACGAAGAAAUGUGCAGCGGCUGUGGGCAGCACCCAAACCGAAUGCACUGCCCUUUCUGGACGGAUUUCGUGCACUUGGGAUGCUUACCAUACUGAUAGUGCACUCGCAGCUGCCCUUGAUUCGGAUGCCUGUGUGGAACACCGAAGCCUUGGAAGCGCAAGCCAAUCAUUUUAUUUUCCCGCUGGUCAAUUCCGGCAACACUCAUAUGAUACAGUUUUUCUUCACGCUCGGUGGAAUGGUGUUUGGAAUAAGCUGCCUGAGACACUUUGACCGGUCGCCAUCGUUCCGCUUCAUGUACUUUAUUGACAAACUAUUGCGCCGUUUAGUCAGAUUGCUGCCAGCAUACGGAUUCAUCAUCAUCUACCAAGCGACAUGGUACAGACGCAUCAGACGAGGCCCGCUAGAGUACAAGUUUAACGAUUUCUGCUUGAACAACUGGUGGUCUAACAUACUGUUUGUGAACAAUUAUAUUCAUACCACUAAACCUUGCCUUCAGUUCAGUUGGUAUUUGGGAGCAGAUUUUCAACUAUUCCUGAUUGGCUCGGCAUUGCUUUUGCUGGUUUGGAAGUUUCCAUCGACCAAAGGAUGGCUGGUGCGUGUGAUGGUUGCGGUUGCAUUGGUCCUGCCGGGAUACAUCAUCUACACCACAUUAACCACCGCUACGAUGACGUUCGAUAUGAGGCAUGCUUUGGCGGAACUACGCACCUACGAUCAUUUCUUGAAGUACUACCUACCAUCGCACACAAACAUAAGCGGUUAUUUCUUUGGUAUAAUUGCGGCUAUGGUCUACAGGAGUGCGCUAGCUAAGGGCUCGCCAGAUCAGUCCCUGCCGAUAGUACAGAAGUGGUUAAAAGUAUCGUUGGUGGCACUGGUGGGGUUGAAUGCUUUCACCACUCUGCUUCCAUUCGUGAGCGAAGAUCAACAACAUUCCCUCUUCCUUGCGAUCUACGGCAGUCUGCUGAAGGCUUCAUGGGGCUGCAGCUAUAGUCUCGUAUUUUUAGUUUUUGCCCUGAAAGGCAAAUCACGCUUGCUGGACAUGCUAUCGCACAGUGGGUUGCAGUUCUUCGCCAAGAUAAGCUACUGUAUGUACAUAGUGCAAUAUUCAGUCAUUUAUGGAUUGUAUACCAACUUUCCGAUCCCUAUGGUUUACGGAGGCUUCAAUCUGCUACUGCUGACGUCGGCAUCUUUGCUGCUAACAGUGACCAGUGCGCUGCUACUUUAUCUGGCCGUGGAAGCUCCUGUUGUCCUAAUCGGUAACGCGUACGUGACAACGUUAUUGAAAGACUACAGCACUGCCUCGGAAGCAAUCGAGGCUAAACAAGCUCGCAAGCUUCUGUAAAUGUGUGAUAGGACGACGCUUGACUGUUGACUGGCGGAACUAGUUUCCACAGAUAUCCUAUGUACAAAACAAGUAUUCAGCAUAAUAUUCCAUAAUCCUAGCCAUGUAAGCAACAACAAAACCCACAAAACAACCUAAUUAUUGACCGGAAGGAAACGAUUGCUAAAUUGUACAGCUGUAAGGCUUGGAGAGUUUUUAAAUACGGAAUCGAAAAGAACGAUGACUUAUGUACUCAUGUAAAAAAAACUUAAUGAUCAAAAUAAAGUCACUGAUCGAUAUAACUCA